AUGACAAAAGCACCGUUUGCCUAUACUGCUGGGCGAUGGUUGCACCUUGACAAGGAGCAACGUCAAGCUCGGUAUCUCCGAUUUGACUUUGAUGCGUUGUGUGAAAAAGUUCUUUCUCUUUCUCCUUUAGCUGCCUCUAUCCAAAGCUGCCAGAAGCUCGAAGGGGGCUUUAGUAGAGCAUUCAUUUUCACUACCGAUGACGGCAGACGCGUGGUUGCAAAAUUUCCUAUGCCUGUUGCUGGCUCACCUCGAUUCAUCACAAAUUCCGAAGUUGCAACAAUUACGUACUUAAAAUCCAACACCAAGAUAUCCAUCCCGGAGAUCUUGGACUGGAAUGAUGACCCAUCCAACCCCAUUGGUUCGGCAUACAUUAUAAUGCAGCAUGCGGGCGGUGUUUCGCUGCAGCAAGCGUGGCCAGGAAUGUCUAGUCUCCAGAAGAUGCAUUGCAUUCGAGAUAUUAACAAAAAUAUCAUGCAAUUGUCCAAACUCGACUUUCCUGCAUAUGGCAGCCUGUACUUCUCAGAUGCAACAUUCUUUGGCUCUGAGUCAAAAUUCAAGCUGCAAGACGAGAAGUACUGUGUUGGGCCACACUGUAAAACCACAUAUUGGGACUGCAAUGUUGGGGAGCCCAGGUAUUAUCAUUUCAAAGGGCCGAAUCAAGGACCAUCCCUUUUGAAUCAAGGCCAGGCCGUGUUUCCCAAACUGAUACAACAUCCGCAGCUACAGUCCAAUGCCGCUCCAACCAUCUUUCACCCAGAUUUACACAAGAGAAAUAUUUUCGUCUCCGAGGAUGAUCCCACUGUAGUGACAAAUUUGAUUGACUGGCAGUCUGCUUCUAUCGAGCCAGCAUUUUAUUACUCAGACGAUGUGCCUGAUUUCGCGAAGCCGCCUUCCGAAGAAACAGAAACGCCGACUGGGGAAGACUAUUGUAGCAAAGUCUACGCGGCAGGCCUAGCAUUUCUAGCUCCGCGGCUUACGGCGGCGAGAAACAUUGAUGAAGCACUUCUCCGCCCGUUGCGCUAUUGCCAUCGGACGUGGAGAGAUGGUGUAGUGCCUUUUUCUCACGGGCUGACAGAGCUGAGGGAACGGUGGGAGGAGCUCGGUUUCAAAGACGAGUGUCCUAUCCCCACUCCGACCGUUGAGGAAAAGCGCGUUUAUGAAGAACGGCUAGAUACCUAUAACAAGUUCUUAGAGGUCAGACAGGAUCUUGUUGAGACUCUGGGAGUUGAGGAGGACGGGUGGACACCGCUAGAUCGCCGGGAAGAAACGGUGGAAGCUCAUCGGCAAGUCUAUGAGAUUAUCAUGUCGGGCUUGGAUAAUGACCAGGACCGUGCGGAGAUGACGGUAAUGUGGCCAUUUGAUAGCAUCAAAACAUGA